AUGGUACCGAAUAUCUCUCAUUGUGUACCCGACUCCGGAGACAUGCCAAACACACAAAACGCUAUCACUUACGCUGAGAAGUACCGCGUAUCCCCCGUUCGCGUAGCCGCGGCGCCGGCGGGAACCGGGGGCGAGACGAACGAGCGGAAUCGAGAUACGACCGUGCUGCAGUCGUACAACUCGUGUCAGCUCAUGAUUGAUGAUAGAAAAAUA